UCUUUCCACUUCGCGGGAGAAGUUGUUGGCGCGAAUGGAUCCCGAGUCCCGGUAACGGAUUCCCCAGCCGACAGGCCCGCCGGCUCGCGCCUUAGUCCGUGGGCUGCGAUGGAUAUUCGGAAAUUCUUUGGGGUUAUACCAAGUGGAAAGAAACCUGUAACCGAAACAGUAAAGAAGAAUGAGAAAACAAAGUCUGCUGAAGAAACUUUAAAAUCAAAGAAAGGAAUAAAGGAAAUUAAGGUAAAUAGUUCUUGUAAAGAAGAUGACUCUAAACAGAAGCAACCAAACAAGAAAAAGAGGAUCAUCUAUGAUUCAGAUUCAGAAUCAGAGGAGACAGUGCAGAUUAAAAAUGCCAAAAAGCAACCAGAAAAAUUGCCAUUGGCCUCUAAACCUGGUAAAAUUCUACGCCAGGAUCCUGUUACAUAUAUUUCAGAAACAGAUGAAGAAGAUGACUUUAUGUGUAAGAAGGCAGCUUCUAAAUCAAAAGAGAAUGGAGGAUCUACACAUAGUUAUCUUGGGACAUCAAACAUGAAAAAGAAUGAAGAAAACACUAAGACCAAGAAUAAACCUUUAUCACCAAUAAAACUUACCCCCACGUCAGUGCUUGAUUAUUUUGGAACUGGGAGUGUCCAAAGAUCAGAUAAGAAGAUGGUAGCAAGCAAAAGAAAAGAGCCUUCACAAAAUGCAGAUGAUUCCAGAUUAAAUGAUGAAGCCAUUGCCAAGCAAUUGCAACUUGAUGAGGAUGCAGAGUUGGAGAGACAACUGCAUGAAGAUGAAGAGUUUGCCAGAACAUUAGCUAUGUUGGAUGAAGAGCCCAAGACCAAAAAGGCUUGGAAGGACCCAGAGGAGCGAGAAACGUUUUCAUCUGUCCAAGCCAAUUUAAGUAAAGCAGGAAAACAUAAAUCUCCUCAUAAAGUAAAAACAGAACAAUUUUCAGAUGGCAGGAAGAACUGUAGUCCUAAGAAGCAAACUAAAUGUGAAAGUUUGAUAGGAUCUCAGCAACAUUUGAAGUCAUCACCUCACAAAAUAGAAACUUCUCCAAAAGCCAGUUCCAAGUUGGCCCUUUUGAAAAAAAAAGGAGAGAGUUCUUAUAAAGAAACAGAGCCUAUGACUUCAAAAAGAAAAAAUGCUGUUGAAUUAAAAGGACAGACAAAGACUCCUAAGAAACCCAAAAGUUCUCCAGCUAAAAAAGAGUCUAUAAGUCCUGAAGAUUCUGAGAAGAGACGCACAAAUUAUCAAGCUUAUCGAAGCUACUUAAAUCGAGAAGGCCCCAAAGCCCUGGGCUCCAAAGAAAUACCAAAGGGAGCUGAAAAUUGCUUGGAAGGCCUUACAUUUGUAAUCACAGGAGUGCUGGAGUCCAUCGAACGAGAUGAGGCCAAGUCUCUAAUUGAGCGUUAUGGGGGAAAAGUAACAGGAAAUGUCAGCAAGAAAACAAACUACCUUGUCAUGGGUCGUGAUAGUGGACAGUCCAAGAGUGAUAAGGCAGCAGCCUUGGGGACAAAUAUUAUUGAUGAAGAUGGCCUAUUAAAUCUGAUUCGAACCAUGCCAGGCAAGAAGUCUAAGUACGAAAUAGCAGUUGAAGCUGAGAUGAAGAAAGAAAAGUCCAAAUUGGAAAGAACACCUCAAAAAAAAGACCAAGGAAAAAGAAAAAUUAGCCCAACUAAGAAGGAAUCAGAAUCUAAAAGAAGUAGACUUACUCCCAAGAAGGACAGCUCUAUAAAGUCAGUAAAAAAGGAAACAAGUGUGCUUUGGAGAUGCCUGAACUUUGAGGAGCAGGUGGCUGAGGAGACAAAUGACGACAGCCGGGCUAGGAAUUUGGCCGGUGACAGCAGUGAAAACAAAGUGGAAAAUUUGCUCUGGGUGGAUAAAUAUAAGCCAACUUCUCUCAAGACCAUAAUUGGACAGCAAGGUGACCAGAGCUGUGCCAACAAGCUCCUACGCUGGCUCCAAAAUUGGCACAGGGGUCCCUCUGAAGACAAGAAACGCGCAGCAAAGUUUGGUAAGUUUGCUGGCAAAGAUGAUGGCUCUAGUUUUAAAGCAGCGCUGCUCUCAGGCCCUCCAGGUGUUGGCAAGACCACCACAGCUUCUUUGGUUUGUCAGGAAUUGGGAUAUAGCUACGUGGAACUGAAUGCGAGUGACACUCGGAGUAAGAAUAGUUUGAAGGAGGUUGUUGCUGAAUCACUGAAUAAUACCAGCAUCACAGGCUUUUAUUCAACUUCUCAACAUGGGUCAGAUGGAGCAGUCCAUUCAGUAGGCUCGAAACAUGCUCUUAUCAUGGAUGAAGUAGAUGGCAUGGCAGGCAAUGAGGACAGGGGAGGAAUUCAGGAAUUAAUUGGCCUGAUAAAACAUACAAAAAUUCCCAUUAUUUGCAUGUGCAAUGAUAGAAAUCAUCCUAAGAUUCGUUCUUUGGUUCAUUAUUGUUUUGAUCUUCGUUUUCAAAGACCUCGAGUUGAACAGAUUAAGGGUGCUAUGAUGUCUAUUGCAUUUAAAGAGGGUUUGAAGAUCCCGCCUCCGGCUAUGAAUGAAAUAAUUUUGGGAGCCAAUCAAGAUAUCAGACAGGUUUUACACAAUCUGAGUAUGUGGUGUGCACGCAGUAAGGCACUAACCUAUGACCAGGCCAAGGCUGAUUCUCAUAGAGCCAAAAAGGAUAUCAGACUGGGCCCGUUUGAUGUUGCCCGGAAAGUGUUUGCAGCUGGAGAGGAGACUGCUCACAUGUCACUUGUGGAUAAGUCAGAUCUCUUUUUUCAUGAUUAUUCAAUAGCACCCCUCUUCGUCCAGGAGAACUACUUACAUGUGAAACCUGUAGCUGCAGGGGGCGACAUGAAAAAGCACUUGAUGCUUUUAAGCAGAGCAGCAGAUAGCAUAUGUGAUGGUGACCUAGUGGACCGUCAGAUCCGGAGUAAGCAAAACUGGAGUCUUCUGCCUACACAGGCCAUUUAUGCCAGUGUUCUUCCUGGAGAGCUAAUGAGGGGGUACAUGACCCAGUUUCCUACUUUCCCAAGCUGGUUAGGGAAGCACUCAUCUACCGGCAAACACGAUCGUAUUGUACAGGAUCUAGCACUGCACAUGAGUCUCAGAACUUAUUCCAGCAAAAGGACUGUAAACAUGGAUUAUCUGUCACAUAUAAGGGAUGCACUUGUACAGCCCUUGACCUCACAAGGGGUAGAAGGAGUACAGGAUGUUAUUGCUCUUAUGGAUGCCUACUACUUGAUGAAAGAAGACUUCGAGAAUAUCAUGGAAAUUAGCAGCUGGGGAGGGAAACCUAGUCCCUUCUUCAAGCUGGAUCCCAAGGUGAAAGCAGCCUUCACAAGAACCUACAAUAAGGAAGUCCACCUUACUCCAUAUUCACUUCAAGCAGUAAAGACACCCAGACACAGCACAGGCCCGGCACUGGAUUCUGAAUACAAUGAAGAGUUAAUUGAAGAUGACUCUCAAUCUGAUGAGAAAGACCAAGACUCUAUGGAAACUGAUGGAAUGAUCAAGAAGAAGACAAAAUCUUCAAAGCCUUCAAAAUCAGAAAAAGAUAAGGAGUCCAGAAAAGGAAAAGGAAAAAGUUCAAAGAAAUGAAACUGUUUUUCACUACUGACAGCCACUUUUUACUCACCCUGUUGACCAGUCUAGCUUGUCUAGAUAAUGCCUUGUUUUUUCCAAAGGAAUCAUAUUUUAGCAUAAUGGGGCAACUCAGUUAUCCCAUUAUAAAUAAGUGGUGGUACAGCUAGAGGGAUGUAACCAGUAGGCUAACAUACACCUCUUAUAGAGGUUGAUAGGACUGCUUGGGUCCUCCACUGUCCCGUUAAUCUACUUGGAUUGUGCUUCAAAUUGACUGUGUAUAAUCCAAAACUACAUGUGGGCUUUGGAGUCAGAUUUUAGUCAACAAUAAUAUGCCUGGGAGCAUUGGUACUUAAGGCAACUUUUGUAGGCUUAAGAAUUUAUCCUAAUGGCCUUUAUAGGACCGGUGCUGAAUUUUUUUUUUAAAAGGUAGUUAUUAUUAAUGUGGUGAAAUUUUGUAAAUAAAUGCGCUAAUACAAAACA